UAUAUAUGUAUGAAAAAAUUCAAAGUAUUUACUUGUUGAAAACAAUGUUCAAGUUUUGGUUAUCAAAACGAUAAACAAUACUUUUGUAUGUUUUAUAUGAAUAAAAGCAGAAAAAGAAUUGAUUCUACAGUGAAAAUAUGCACAGUUUUUUAAGCGUUUAAAUAAAUGUUGAAACAAUUGUGAAUCCAAUUCAUUAAUGCCUUGUUUACAUGUGACAGUAAAAGUUUUGUUGUGUUCAACUUCUUGUCUAAAUAAAACACGUCUAAGUAUUGAUUUUUUUGUUCUGGAUGUAUUACUAUAGUUUUUUUUAUAUAUUAGACGCUUUCUCACGAUAGACGUCGCUUAGAACCGAUAGUAAUAUUAAUUUCGGUAAAAAGAGAACCAGUUUAAUCCACAAAGCAUUAUAUUAUCGCUCAACUCUGUUGAACAUUCCAUGAUAAUUCUUUCUCUUAAAAAGCUUUAACAAAAAUAAUCAUUUAGUAAGUUUUAAUAAAUAUAUUUAAAUAAAAGGAAAAAAAUACUUGAAUAAUUUGUUAAUUUUUAUUUCAAAUAAAAAUCAUAAUAGAAAAAAAAUCGUACUAGAUUAUGAAUGACAAUUGGCAGACAUUGGUUAUAUUAAAUUAAAGGAUCUUUAAACAAUUAUCUAAAAACACGCAUAUAGCAGAAGAAGAGGAAAAAUAUUUACAUAUCUUUUACAAUUUUAAGUGAUCAGCAUAAAAAUGGCAUCUAGUUUUUAUGUUCCAACUCAAGCAAGAGAUAGUUCUGCUGUUCAAAAAUUGCUCAAGGAUGGUGACUUAUGCGAUUUGGCUAUUCGAUGUCCAGUUAUGAUGAUAAAUGAAUUAGAAAAGACCACAAAAGUUGUUGCUUUAGUUAAGCAUACAGUUUCUGAAGAUUAUAACGGAUUUCCAACAACAACUGGUAACAAUUUUGAAUAUGGGUAUGAUAUAAAUUUCUUAAUAAUAUAUAAUUAAUAUAUAUCCUGUCAUUAAUAUUAACUAUUAUCUAGCUUAUUUAAUUAUUGUGGUUAUUUUAUUAAAGAAAGCUCUUGAAUUGAUUAUAGACAAAACAAUAUCUCUUCCUUGUAGAAUAUUUCUGUAUAAAGACUGCAAUAGGCCACCAAAAGAACCAAAUUUAAAUUUAGACGAUACCAUAGCAAUAAACGAUCAAUUUACACUAAAUAUUCGUAAGUAUGCAUGGUCUAAAUACUCUAAAAUGUGUCGUCUAUUAACUAUACUGUAUUACAGAGCAUACUGCUGACAAGAGGUCAACAAAGAAACUGUUACAAGGGAUGGGUAAUAAGUCACCUCCGAAAGAUUACGUUUCCGUCCAAUUAUCAAAUUCCGAUGAUAAAUGCAUACUGGAAAUUCCAAAGUCAUUAAGCGAUUCAUUCUUCAAUCAUUUGAAAAAAGCAAGAGAAUUUCAAAAUAGUAAGCCUAAUAGAACUAAACGAUCAGUAUUAACAAUAUUAAAAGAGUUGUAGAAUAGAUAGUAUUUCUCUUUGUUACUCUACAUUUCAGAGGCACAGUGUAAAUGGAUAACGAAUAGCUAUAUUAAUAUAUUUCCAAUGGAUAAAUUCGAAGUUGCAAGUAAGAUAUUAACUCUUUUAUACAUUCAUGAUGAUCAUUUUCAUAAGGAAUUUUCCGGUUGAUGUGUCACUUUCAUGUCAAUAAUUUUAUUGUUCUCUGAAAACAUCGCUUAAUAUUUCUAUUUUCCUUAAUUACAAUUCUAUUUUCAUGCUUAUUUUCAAUUUUGCUUUAGCUGAGGCAACCGAAAAGCUUUGCACUGAAGAUGCUUGGCCUAAUUGUGACGGUGGUGAUGGUUAGUCAAAGAUCUUACUAUAUAUUAAUAUUUCUCAAAUAUUAUUCAGUAUUCGAUUCUUCUUUAUGUGCUAUAAUAAUUGAUUUUUUUUUUGAUACUCUAUUAUGCUUAAUUACAAUUUUUAUAUAUUUAUUCAUGCAGAGAGCGCUCUGUUAGAUGACGAUAAGUUUAAAAUGGAUCAUUUUGGGUGAGUAACAAAUUUUACAAGAGUCUAUAAGUAAUCAUAUUUAUGUGUACAUGUAUGAGUAAAGGAGACUGAGAGAAAGAGAGCGAUUUGAAUUAAUCAUACAUGCAAAUGCAGCAAAUACCGUAUAUAUAUAUAUAUAUAUAUAUAUAUAUAUAUAUUUAACAAAUAGCAACAUCUGUCUUUGCAGCUUAGUGAGUUUAAGCUAAAAUAUAGGGCAUGCUAUUGGAAAUUAUAAUAAUCUACAAUAAAUAGAUCUAAUUAUUUUAUCACAAAGCAAAUCAAUAGUUUUCCUUUAAGAAAUAUUCUUAAAAGCAUCAAAAUAAUAGGUUAUUCUAUCUUUUGUCUUUAGCUCGGUUUUGAAUAUAUUUACAAACUUUUUUGUCUUCAUCCAUUAAGCGUGUAACAGAAUGACGAUAAAAAUCUUUUUUGUAUAUUCCUUGAUGAACUAACAGAUUAUUUGAUAAGAAAUCUUCAGUAAAAUACUUCUCUGUUAUUUGAUGUUGAUUCCUUUAUUAUAUUUAAUUCUCUUUGUAUUGUUGUUGAUGACACUCUGUAGAGAACGACAUAGAUAUAUGUUUUUGUUAAUAAAUAUCCUUGAACACUGAAGGCCUGAAGUAUUUUAGCCACGUAUGACUCUGAAUACGCCUUACAUAGUACAUACUAUAGUAUGGAUAUAUAUUUUCUACAACCAGAUACUACCAAUUCAAAAAAUAAUUUGGCCUACACUUUUUGUAGAUAUUAUAUAUUUAUAAGCCUAUUUUUUCAAUAUAGUUGUGUCAUUUCCGUCUAAGUGUAAUUUAGAACAUGCAAUAUUCGCUGGUAAAUUAAUUGUGUUACUAGAAAUCAGCUAUACGGAAUAAUAUGACUUCGUUUUUCUAUGGCGAUACUGACUCUACUGAAAGAGAUGUUAGAGAAAAAAUAAAGAGAACGUUAAUAAAAGAAAGACAAUCUGAAUAUACUACAAAAUCCGGGAUUAGGGUAUUUUGUGGUACUUGGAAUGUUAACGGUCAAUUGCCGAACGAAGAGACUUAUCCCCUUGAUGCUUGGCUACAUCUGGACGAAGCUGCUGAUAUUUACGCUAUUGGAUUCCAAGAAUUGAAUUUAAAUGUUACAGCUCAUAUCGUAAACGAUCCAUUAAAGGAAGGUAAAUGGAAGAAAUACAUAGAAGAUUUCUUCAAAAAUAAUCGUGUUACAAAAAAUAUCAAAUUUGAAAUGGUCUCAUCAAUAAAACUUGUUGGAAUAUUACUAAUAGUUUACGCAAAUAAAAAACUUAUGUCUAAAAUAACUGAUGUUAGACAACAUAGUUACGCCACUGGUAUAGCUGGAAUAUUGGGAAAUAAAGGUGGUGUUGCAGUUGGAUGCAAAGUCUAUGAGACGAGUAUAUGUUUUGUUAAUUGCCAUUUGGCUGCUCAUCAGGAAUAUUUUGAGGAAAGGAAUAAACAGUUCCAAUAUAUCUAUAAACGUUUAGAACUGCCGCCAACUAAAGAUUCGCAAUAUCCAGAAACGCUUUUGAUCGAUAGUUACAACACAUUAUUUUGGCUGGGCGAUUUAAAUUAUCGCAUAAAUGAGAGCUACGAGUACGUUGUUGAGUUGGUUGAUAUUGAUGCUGAAAAUGUAUAUGAUACACUGAGGAAAUCUGAUCAGCUAUACAUACAAAGAAAGGCAAGGAAUGCAUUUGCUGAUUUUCACGAAGCUGAAAUUUGCUUUGCACCAACUUAUAAAUAUGAUCCCGGAACUGAUAGAUUUGACUCAAGCGAAAAGAAUCGGAUUCCAGCUUACUGCGAUAGAGUAUUAUACAAGUCUAUAGCAGAAAUAAAUACGCAUAUUCUAUCUUAUAAUAGCCAUCCUGCCCUGAAGUUGAGUGAUCAUAAGCCGGUAUCCUGUUUAGCCUCAACUGAAGUGAGCGAAAUUGACGAGAAGGCAUAUAAGAGAGUUUACAAAGAUGUUCAAAGUACAUUAGAUCUUAGAGAGAAUGAAAUGCUUCCAAAAUGCAUUUUAAGCUGCCAAGAGAUUGAUUUUUCAACUCUCGUUGUCGGAGAGGAGUACAAAGAAACUUUAACAUUGCACAACGACGGACAAUCAACGUUCAGUUAUAAGUUUAAAGAUCAUCUUGAAAGCAAAAAGUGUUGUCCUGAUUGGAUCAGUAUCCAUCCAAAAACAGGAGAUGUUCCCAAAGGACGGAAAACAGAGAUUGAAAUAUCUGUAAAUGUCGGAUAUAAUCAUAUGACGCAAUUUUAUGAAAAAUAUGGAAAGUUUUAUAUGGAGGAGGUAUUAAUUUUGGAUUUGGUCAAAGGAUCUGACAAGUUCAUAACUGUCAAAGGCGAAUUAACACCUUCCGCAUUUGGUCUUAGCUUAGACAUUUUAUGCAGAAUGAAUUUUAGAGCAGUUGCUUUGGAGAGUGAAAGGCUAAAAGAAUUGAAAAGCGAGCAGCUCAUCAUACCCGUUCCUAAGGAGAUCUUCUUAAUGGUGGACACUUUAACGAAAUGCUUAUCUCAGAAAGGACUCUUUCCAAAGGAACCAUCGUCUAAAAGAAUGCAGGAUGUUCGCUUGGCGAUUGAUACAUGCGAUAAGCCCUUAUUAGAUUAUAUCAAGACGGAAGAUCCUCAAGCAAUAUCUUCGAUGUUAUUCGUUUUCCUUGAAUCCUUACCCAAUCCAAUCAUCGAUGAAUCCUGCUACGGUAAUUUCAUACAAGGUUAUCAACAAUUUACUCUACUCAAACAAGUUAUCAGCAAUAUGAGGGAACCGAACAAAUCAACUUUUCAAUAUCUUAUCAAAUUCCUAGCAUUGGUGGUUGAAAAGAAUAGUGCAACUGUUAAAGAACUAUCCCAACUAUUCGCCAAUUGCUUCUUAAGAAAACCGAAAAAACUAGUUCUGGAUAUAAGCAUGGCUGAAGAGGAGAAGAGAAAGGAAAAAAUUAUCGAAUAUUUUAUUGAUAAAAGUCGAAAGAGAGAAUACUAGAAGAAAAAUAAUCAGUUUAGGGUAAAAUCAUAGUUGGAGCUAUCCUUCGCUAAAUAGGAGAAAAGUAUGAGUUCUCUCUUUAAUUAUUUUUUUCGUGUCUAGUCGGAAAAGUUGCAAAGUAUUUAUUUUUAUUUUUUCACUGUUGAUUGGUGUAGAUGCUAAUUAAAAUGUAAUGAUUAGUUAAAAGUUAUGCUGUAGAAAUGAGUAAAAAGAUAAAAUGUUUGCAAUAAUUGUAUUAAAAAAUAUAUUCUAGAUGUUAAAAGAAUACAUAUAAAUCUAUAUAUUAAUAUAUAUACAAUGGUAAGCAUCUCGAAAUUUCCAUAGACACUCCAAGUUAUGAAAGUUAUCUAACCUUUUCACCUAAAUUUGUAUAUAUGAUCUAUAACAUCAAGAAUUCCCCUAUCAAUUAUACAAUAUCCAACAAUAUUCACUGUAGUAUUCAUACCAUUCAUUGAAUAUAUUUGUUAUACAAGUAUAUAUAUGUAGAUAUUACAUAAGUUUCUCAACCAUCGAAAACUUCUCAACUUAAUCUAACAUUCCUUGAUUUUAUAUCUUAUUGUAUUUUCCAUACUUUUCACUUGUUUACGGUGUGCAUAGUAUGUCUAUGUAUCUGUGUGUAGCUAAACAAAGUGUAUAACAAGAAUGAAUCAAUCGAUGUAUACAGUAUAUCAAGGAUUUUAUAUAUAGAUAAAUUUACAAUAUAGCUACAUAAAGUUUAAAUACGAAUUACUGAUUCUUUGAAAGUGUUUUCAUUAGAAUUUUCAUGAAUUGAUGCUAU